CUCUGUCGAUGAAGUGCAAAAGAAGUGUAAUUUCUUUAUUUCUUGUGACAUACUAAUUUUUUUUACCCAGAAUAAUAAUAAAGUAAUAAAUAUAUACUAUGCGGUCGACGCCAUUUUUAAAUGUAAAUAAAUAAAGUUUCUAACCUCACUUUUAUUAGACGGGACGGUAACGCGCACUUUUGACUUUGACAUGUUCUGUGAUAUAAUUCAUAUACAAUUCAUAUAAUUUGAUUAUUUGAUAAAAUUAAUAAAAUUUAAGAAGAAUUUUUAUUUUAACGUUUAUAUCAUGAUGGACGAUACAUUUUUGGAUGAUGGAAUUGGAGUGCAUUUUGAUAAAGCAACAUUAGAAAUGAAAAAGGAGAACGAAAAUUCAGGUACCACAAGUACCACAGGCACUACAAAUACAAAACAAAGUACAGAAACGACAAGUGGAUUAACAAAUUCAUCAGAAUCGAAACACGUUUCAAAUAUUCCUUUCAGAAUAAUUGAUGUUCACAAUUAUUUCUCAGACAGAGAGCAAGUUAUAGAAAGAGCUUUAAAAGAUUGUCAAAAGGAACUCGUGAACAGUGAAGAGACACUUUUGGGAAGUUGGCUAUUAACCGAAAUAAGUCUGUGGGACACUGAGAAGGAAAGGCUGAUUUUACUGACAAAAGAUUUUCUCUUCUCUGUAAAAUACGAUCUCAUUUCGUUGAAAAUUUUGGAAUUCAACAAAGUACCAGUAAUGGAGAUUGACACACUUCUCUACGGGGAUUUAAUUUAUCCCUCGAAAUCACUUUUACCAAGAUUGAAUGGAUUGGCCGAAGGAUUUUCUUCCUUAAUUAAUUGCGCUAUCCGUCAAGAAUGGUCGUCCUCUUUAUCUGGCUUGACUCAUUUCGAGUCUAGAAAUCGAAAUAUGAUCGGUAUGAGAAUAAUGUGGAAUAAAGGACAACCUCUUCAUUUGAACAAAAAGUGGAAUCCUUUCGCAAAAAAUAUCCCCUGGCUCACUUAUACAAGUCAUCCGCUUUAUUGGCAUAAAGGUUCGGAAACCGAUAAAACGAAGUACGACGUUAAAGGCCUGGAAGAAGCUCUACAAUCCAUAAUUCCAGAACACAGCAGUAAAUUAAAUAGACCGAUUAUCAUUGAAAAUUAUAUAGGUAUUUGCUCUCUAAUUCACAAUAGAAAUUCCCUGGGAUUCUUUAAAAUAAGAGGAAAAGUCAGUUUCUGAUUUGUAAAUUUAGAAUUUCAAAGGAGGAAAAAUGAAUAAUAUUGUGUUUUAAUGGAUAUCGAAAUUUUUUUAGUUUUGUCACUUUAUAAAGGAACUCUGAAUGGUACGUCACUGCUGAAUGAAUGAAUUGACCAGGGACUGAAAAAGUUGGAUUCUCUUUGAACUUUCACUUCCCAAGUUUGUUCCCCUCUGAAUCAUAUUCCGACAACCUGUUAUAUACGCAAUAUGUAUGUGCUCCGAAUGUUUUAAAAUGCCAGUGUGAAAAAAAAAUAUAACAAAUGAGCAGACAUGUGAAAAUGAAGAAACAAAAUUGUUGACAAUAUAUUUUUGUCACUGUUUUCAAAAAUAAAGGAGAAAGAAAUGAAAAGCGAAUACAAAUAAUGCGAAAAAUGGGAAAUUUAUAAUA